AUGGAUAAGUACGACGACCUGGGCCUGGAGGCCAGUAAGUUCAUUGAGGACCUGAACAUGUACGAGGCCUCCAAAGAUGGGCUCUUCCGAGUGGACAAGGGUGCAGGCAACAACCCGGAGUUUGAGGAAACCCGCAGGGUGUUUGCUACCAAGAUGGCCAAAAUCCACCUCCAGCAGCAGCAGCUCCUGCAGGAGGAAACCCUGCCCAGGGGGAGCCGGGGUCCCGUUAACGGCGGGGGACGCCUGGGCCCACCCGCCCACCGGGAAGCUGGUGGGGGCAGCAGGCUGGCCGCGGACGGUGCUGCCAAGCCCCCUCUCGCUGCCUCGACCGUGACCCCUGGGACGACCACCACCGUGGCGCCUGGGCAGCCCUCGUACCCACCCCAGGAGCAGAGGGCCAAGCUGUACGUCCAGGGCUCGAGGCAAGGCAGCCAAGACUGUGGGUCCAAGGAGAGCAUGGCGAGUUCUGAGAUGUCUGCUUUCCAUCAGCCGGGCCCCUGUGAGGAUCCCUCCUGCCUCACCCAUGGAGACUAUUACGACAACCUGUCCUUGGCAGGCCCCAGGUGGGCCGACGACCCAGGAGUGUCCCCUGGCAUCAGGCUGGGUGUAGGAAGUGGGUGGUCUGGGACCCCAGGGAGCGACCCACUGCUGUCUAAGCCCUCCAGGGAGCCUCACCUGUACCACCAGCAGCUCUCCGCAGGCUCCGGCAGGUCUUUGCAGAGUGGCCAGGACGGUGGGCUUGGAGGAGGCAACAGCGAGAAGCCAGCGGGCGUCUGGACCACCGCCUCCUCCCAGCGAGUGAGCCCUGGCCUCCCUUCCCCGGGCCCAGAGAAUGGGGCCCUCCCGAGGUCUGCUCAGCCCAGGACCCCUUCUUUCUCAGCGCCCCUGGCCCUGAACCGGCCCAGUCAAGGGUCUCUUCCCAGAACAAACUCGGGGGUAGGGAGUGAGGUUUCAGGCACGAUGCCCAAACCCACUGCGGACCCUCAACCCUGGUUCCAAGAUGGGCCCAAAUCUUACCUUUCUAGCUCUGCCCCUUCAUCCUCGCCAGCCAGCAUGGACCAUAUGCAGGCGGGUGCCGUCCCUGGGCUGGGUCCCAAGCCUGGCUGUACAGAUUCUGGCGUUGGUCCCAAGCUCAGCCCCAACAGCCUUGUCCAUCCAGUGAUGUCCACCCUGCCUGAGUUAUCUUGUAAAGAAGGUGCCUCCGGCUGGGCCUCUGAUGGCAGCCUGGGGCCUGUGCUCCCAGAGACGCCGAGUUCUCCCAGAGUGAGGCUACCCUGCCAGACGCUCAUCCCGGGCCCUGAGCUUGGACCCACAGCCGCCGAAUUAAAGUUAGAAGCCCUCACCCAGCGUCUGGAGCGGGAGAUGGAUGCCCACCCCAAGGCCGAUUACUUUGGAGCCUGUGUGAAAUGUAGCAAGGGGGUGUUUGGGGCCGGCCAGGCCUGCCAGGCCAUGGGGAACCUCUACCACGACGCGUGCUUCACCUGUGCAGCCUGCAGCCGGAAGCUGAGAGGAAAAGCCUUUUAUUUCGUCAAUGGCAAAGUGUUCUGCGAGGAAGACUUCCUGUACUCUGGUUUCCAGCAGUCCGCGGACAGGUGUUUCCUCUGUGGACAUCUGAUCAUGGACAUGAUCCUGCAGGCCCUGGGGAAGUCCUACCACCCCGGCUGCUUCCGCUGCGUCAUCUGUAAUGAGUGUUUGGACGGGGUACCCUUCACAGUGGACUCAGAGAACAAGAUCUACUGUGUCCGGGAUUACCACAAAGUGUUGGCCCCCAAGUGUGCAGCCUGUGGCCUUCCCAUCCUUCCUCCUGAGGGUUCAGACGAGACCAUCCGCGUCGUGUCCAUGGACAGAGACUAUCACGUGGAGUGUUACCACUGUGAGGACUGCGGCCUGGAGCUCAAUGAUGAAGACGGUCACCGAUGCUACCCGCUGGAGGACCACCUGUUCUGCCACUCCUGCCAUGUCAAGAGGCUGGAGAAGGGCCCCUCGCCCGCAGCCCUUCGCCAGCACCACUUCUAG